AUGCCGCACGACUGCUGCCGUGCAUCGUUCGACUUUCGACUUGUUCUAGCAGGCUCCUUGAACUUCACAAGCAUUACGACCCGCUUUGCCAAUACAGGCACGGGGCAAGGUCAAGGUAAGCCGGUCUACCCUUGUUCCUUGCGCCUCAUUCUCGACCGUCCGCACACCUUGCUGCGCUCGAGGCACGUCGACCCAAGGGCACAGUCACAGCAGUGCUGUUUGCACUUUUGCUGCUGAUCUCGGCGCCGAUCCUUGCUCGUGCCGUCGAGCUCACCAAAAGCCUGCUUCUGUGCGCCAAUCGAGCACCGGCAGGGUGUGGCGUACCUGAUACGACUGCGCUUCGGCCACCCAUCAGCGCCCACUGCUGCUGUAGACCAAGUCAAAUUGGCUCAGCAUCUGCCCAGCUUUGUCUCACAUCCUGAGACCGAAGUGUGGAUUGAUCGAUAUCUCGCGCCAUAUAAUCGAGCGCGUGCUCUACCUCGGCACGUCCGUGUCACAAUUUGCGAAUCUCGAGACCGUCGCAGAUAUAUAAGGGUCAGGGAUAGCAAGUUCACCAAAGUCAAAUCCUUGUGCCCAUCCUCAAACCUCGCGACUGUUCAAGAAUAUCGUCAAGCGACCCUCAAAACAGCUGAUCGAUCAGGGAUUUACACUGUCCAGAUGCGCAAGUCCGCAGCUCGGCGCUCGGCCGCUAUCCUUGUCCUGCUGCUCAGUGUCAGGUGAGCAAAGCGCCGCGAUCGGUGCACGCGCCUUCCAAUGCUGACAUUCUCGCUUACUUUUCUCAGCCUGGCGGUGUCUGGCGCCCCCGUCAAGGAAGCGCGUGCACGUAAUACAGCAAGUCAAGAAGUGCUGGACGCCAGGGCGCAAGUCUAUGCGCACAAGCUUCACGGCAACACCUUUUUGAGGACGCUAAAGAACAGACCACAGCCUCGUCAAACCAGCGCUGCGGACUUGCCUGGCAGCUACGAGAGGCGCGAGUCUGGUCUUCCGGACCAUCAGCUCCUGCCGCGUCAGCCCGACCUGCAAUACUCGACUGCAAACGGCGUUCAGGUGCCUCGCGACCUUGGAAGCACUCCUGAAAAGCUUGGCAAACACCCGCUCAAGUGGCACUUGAGAUCCGUCGAGGAUGGCACGUCGAUACAAGAGAUUAUUGUGCAAAGAGCCACGGAUGAAUGGGAGGAAAUUCAAGCGCGCGCACAGCGCAUCCUGCCAAAGACGCCCAGCAAUCGGUAUGCGAACAUACGAAAACGUCCUCGUGCUGUUGUCGAAGCAGCUGCUUUCUUGACGGCCAAGAUGCUCGACCGCCGUGGAGUGGCAACAAGCGCCGGCUUGUUGAAUGCUCAACCACUUCGUCGUCGUCAGAAUUCACCUCCGACCUCGUCGCCCUCCAAACCAGGCUUUACCGGCUCUGACUCUACCUCCAAGCACCCGCCGCCGCAUCGCAGAGACGUGCAAGAAGAGAUUGAGCACAUAGAUCGUCGUCAGCUUUUGGGUCGCGGUGAUCCUCCCCCCUAUGCGUGGCCUGGGCCUGGCACGGGCACUCCGCCGCCUGAUAGGAGGGACGCACAAGACGAGCCGGUGUCUAUCAACUCUCGUGAAGAUCGCUCGCAGUCUACAACUCCCUACGCUUUUGAUUCCGUUUCAGGCGCUUCCAGUCCUGGCCACGGCUCCGAAGGCUCUAAGCGCCCGCCAAAACAUCGUAGAGACACGCAAGAGGAAUUGGUUCACGAACACGAACAGGUUGCUCGCGAAGAAGCUGGGACUGUGAGCUUGCCUGAGCCUCCUGCAGGUGAGAACACGCCAGGUCCUCUUCCUCAUCACCGCAGAGAGGUCCGGGAAGAUGAACGGGUCGCUCGUGAUCAAAGUGAAGCAUCUGCUGCGCGUGGGAACGUCAAGCUAGAAGGCGCCCCUGACAGAAGAGCCCAAGAGGAUAUGCUGGUCACUCGCGACGAGGACGAGUGGGGAAAUGAGGGCCCGGCAGAAAUCGAAAACCCUCCUCGAAAGAGGGCUCAGAAGGAUACGCUUGUCGUUCGCGAGGACGAUGGUGGCGCUUCCAGCCGUGAAGACGACGGUGGUAAAUCUAGCUCUGACGGCGGUAGUGGCGGUUCUAGCUCUGACCCAGGUUCUUCCAAAUUAGGAGAGCGCAGAAGCGUCCAAGACGAGUACUUUGCUCGCGAUCAAGUACAGCAGCACACCAUCCGCAUAGGAGUGCUGCGCAAGCGUGGAGCUGCCGUCACCACGACCGCUCAUGCCGACGGUGUCUUCUAUCUGCACGUGUUGCCCUAG